AUGAUUUGUGCAUUCCCAACGGAGACGGAAGAAGAUUUCGAGGAAAGCAUGCAGCUCGUUCGAGACUACCAAUUUCCGUCACUUUUCAUUAAUCAAUUCUAUCCGCGGUCUGGCACACCAGCGGCAAGAAUGAAAAAGAUCGACACGGUGGAGGCCCGACGUCGAACUGCAGCCAUGUCAGCUCUGUUCCGAGAAUACAGUCGAUACACCCCGGAACGCAUCGGAGAAGAACACGAUGUGCUGGUGUGUGAAAUGGCAACG